CUUCUUCUUCUUCUUCGCUCUCUCUCUCUUGCAUUCGAGAUGGAUCAGUACUUUGCGGAGCUCCUACCUUCGUCCCCGACGAACUCUUCGGUCUCUUCCUCGGAUCUCGACACUGAGUCGACCGGGUCCUUCUUCCCCGACCGGAGCACGACCCUCGGAACCCUAAUGGGCGUCUCCUUCCCGGACCUCCGCGCCCGCGCGGCGAGGGCCCAGCCGUGCUCGGAUCUCGCACGCGGCGGAGCGAGGAGGGCCAAGCAGUGGCGGCGCCGCCUCAGGUGCCGGAGGUGGUGGUGGCGCUGUUGCCGGGCCGACGCGCAGUGCCCCACCUCGCUCGGGGAGUUCCUCCGAGUGGAGCGCACGCUCAGCGGCGGCGGAGGCGGCGGCGCACCGCUCUUCCAGAGCGAGCGGAUCCUCCCGCCGCGGCGAAGGCGGCGGAGGGCCGCGGUGUCGCUCUCGGGGAUAUGCUGUGGACUCCGGGGGUAGAGUUUGCAAUUAAAUGGUUGUUUAAGGGGUAGAUGUGUAAUUUAACAACGUGUAUUUUUUUUUCUUUUCUUUUUCCUUGUAGUUUGAGAACUGGAUACUGUUGUUUGGGUUAUAUUAUACAUGAAUGCAAUUGCCUCUGUACAAUACAAAAAUCAAAGAUCGGCCGUUGGAUUUUGGUCGUAAUAUCGUCA